AUGAAUUUUGAAUUUGAGAGGGAGAUAGGCUUCAUAAACAGCCAGCCAUCGCUAGCGGAGUGUCUGACGUCCCUUCCCGCUGUCCUGGAGACAUUUCAAACUUCAUCAAUCAAGGAACCACCGACGUUAAUUCCUCCUCCUUUGGAACAAACCCUCCUCGGCUUGGAUCCUUGUUCCAGCAGCCAGCCUGCACUGAGGAGCCAAAAGAAAGCAAGGCAUGGGCAGGCCCAGAAAGCCACGCUCCAGUCUUCUGCUCUGGGUGGAGAAUUCCCCUGGAUGAAGGAGAAGAAAUCUUUUAAGAAAGCUAACCAGAUCCCUGCCUCUUUGUCUCCCUCCUCUUCUGUGCCUGGAUUUGUCCCGGCUUCUCCUGCAGACGCGUGUUUAGACCACAGCGAAAAAGCUUCCCGACGGCUGAGGACGGCUUAUACCAACACGCAGCUCUUGGAGUUGGAGAAGGAGUUCCAUUUUAACAAAUACCUCUGCAGACCCCGCCGGGUGGAGAUCGCGGCUUUGCUGGACUUGACCGAAAGGCAAGUGAAGGUCUGGUUCCAGAACCGUCGGAUGAAGCACAAGAGGCAAACGCAGCACAGUGCAGAUCCCGCCGAAGAGGACCAAGGCAGCAACCAGGAAACAGGGGAAGCCGAGAACGGCAGCUCUUCCUGCAGAGAAGCGCGGAAGAUGCCUUGUCCCUACCCAGCCGGCAGUCACAACAGAGAGAGUCGGAGUGCUCCAGCGCCUUACCCGACGCUCAGCCAGAGCAGAGCUCCGGCCGCAGAGCUCGGCGGAACCGCCGGCGCUCGCACUCUCUCCUCUUGCUCGUCCUCCUGUUCUGGCUCCUCGCCGGGCAACGGGUUCCCGGAAAGUCAGAGAUCCCCUUUGCUGCCGCUGGACCCGAGCGGCUUCUCGGCGAAUUCCUGCCCACAGGCCGCAGGAGAGCUUUCACCCAGCCUCCAGGGCUGUGCAGAUAGCCCUUUAAGUUUCUCCCUAGAAGACCUAGACUUUUUUACCAGCACGCUGUGUGCGUUGGAUUUGCCCCAUUUCAAUUUUCAGUAACCUCUCGAACCUCCAAUUUAUUAUUUGCCUUGGGUAAUAUACCCCUAUAAUUAAUACAAAGUGUAUGCACAUACCAGUUAUGCCCAGUUAAGUGCAGUCAUUUCAAACCUUUUAACCAUGAAACUCCUCUUUUUCCCCCUCGGUACUCCUUGGGGAAGGACGUUUCUUUAGAGAGAAAGGUGUAUCUCUUUUGUGAAAUGAUCACAUUAAAUUAUUUCGAUCAUUUUUUUUCCAAAGGAAAUUUAUAUUUAAAUAACAUUCGGAUUUUCCUUUAUUCCACACUCCAUAAUGCAUUAUGGAGCAUUUGAGGUCAAGUAGGUGCUCUAAGUGUUAAAAAUACAACAUAAUUGUAUAAGGAGGUUUUGUUUUUCAGCUCAAAAAAUUAUGCCCUUUAGAGUUUGAAAUAUUUCAAACAUCAGGUUUUUUCUUCUCCCAAACUGUGUUUCAACCACCACCACCCCAAUCCCAUUUUGAUAGAGUAGAUAUUAAUAAAUGCAGAACAAGAAAAAAAUGUCCUAAUGAAAUUCUCAGGAAUCAAGACAUUUAUGUCUUAAUAAAAUAAAAUACAGACAGACAGACAGAAAGAAAGACAAACAGAAAGACAGAAAGAAAGAAUGAAUUACCAUUACCUUUUAGAAGUAGAUUAUUUAUUUAAAUGUUUUAAUAAUAAAAUGCAAAUUAUUUAUUGUACAUUAUUUUCAUAGAUUAAAUAAACGGCUUUAUAGUCUCUAAAA